GUCGAUCUUUAUCCAACCAAAAAUAAAUUUCUAUCCGUAGCAGUUGGAUUCUCCCAGUAAAUAUUAUUGCUGCUUGCUCUAAUAACAAACCUAAAUAGCUCGCUCGCACUAUAUUACAUAACAGAUCGAUAUGAGAAGAAGCUUCGAACUUGCUUGCUUGGGUGUCUAAUAGUGUAGAAUUCACCAGCUCAGUGAGGAUUUCAAUCCAGUUCCCAUGGAAGAGAUUUACAGUGUGAAACCUCAUUUGUCUUGUACAGAGGAUGAUGUUAGAGUCGGCAACGUGAGUGUUUCUACUACUUCUGAAUUGCAUCUGGGAUCAGUGCCUAAUGAUUAUCUACAGCUGGAAGAGGUAACCGAGUCUGAUAUCUCGGAUCGGAUGAUCAAGAUCCAGAUCGCAAAUCAUCCUCUUUAUCCAGAUUUAGUAUCUGCAUACAUAGAAUGCCAAAAGGUUGGAGCACCACCAGAACUGGCAUCCCUUCUCGAAGAAAUAGGCCGAGAAAUUCACCCCAUGAAUGCUCGCCCUGAGAUAGGGGAUGGUCCUGAACUUGACGAGUUCAUGGAAUCAUACUGCGAAGUUCUUCAUAGAUACAAAGAGGAGCUGUCCAAACCCUUCAAUGAAGCGACUUUGUUUUUGGGCAGUAUGGAAUCACAACUCAGCAACCUUUGUAAGGGAACACUAACAAAGUCAUCGGAUAAUAACCGCUCGGAGCCCGUGUGUUUUGGAUUAUUGUCAGAUGAGGAAUUAAGAAGUGAGGAGAUAGAAGGAGUUGAAGGUCAUGAAUCUUCUGGGACUCGCCCAGGUGAUCAAAAGGUUAAAGAAAUGCUCCUUCAUAAGUACAGUGGCCAUUUUAGCAGUUUGAGAAAGGAAUUUCUAAAAAGAAGGAAAAAGGGUAAGUUACCAAAGGAUGCAAGGAUGGCACUAAUGGACUGGUGGAACACCCAUCAUAGAUGGCCAUAUCCUACGGAGGAGGAGAAAGUGAAGUUAUCAGACGAUACUGGACUGGAUCAAAAACAGAUAAAUAAUUGGUUUAUCAAUCAGAGAAAACGGCAUUGGAAACCAACAGAGGAUAUGCGAUUUGCCAUUAUGGAAGGGGUAAGCGGUGUCGGCAUAGGAGAACCUAUGUUUUUCUAGUUCUGGUGGUGGACCUCAACGUGAUGAUUUCUGAAAGUUUUCUGCUAUUUGUACCCGCUGCUAGAGUAAUAAUGUAUGCAUUCCUAUUACAUGAGAUACUGAAUUUUGAAGCCUGCACUCUUGAAUGAUGAGUAUACGUUUGGCUUAUAUCCUUGUCAAAGUUGUAACUAUAGUAAUAGUAGUGUACGUACUACGUCUUUGUCUUUGA